GGCAGAAACUCUUUUAAUUUGAUACAGCAAAUGGCAUCAAAAACCGAAGAAGAGAUUUCUUUAGAUGAUCUGUUUGACCUCACCAUGAAAAAGAAGUGGAACAAAGUUGAGACGGCUUACAAGCAAUAUCCCUCCACUUGCAGAGCCAAGCUCACGAAAUCAGAAGAGACGGCUUUACAUCUAGCCAUCUCUAGUUACCACUCUAAAUUACAGAAAUCUGAUUUUGAAAAACAGAUUGAGGAAAUGAUCAAAUCCAUACCUGAAAAAGACGCAUUCGAGAUAUUAUCAAUGAAGAAUGAUCAAGGAGACACUCCUCUCCAUCUCGCAGCAGCAGUUGGAUGGCUAAGUAUCUGCGAGUGCAUAGCUUUAAGGGAUCGUGAACUCAUUAGCACUCGCAAUUUAAAGGAGGAGACCCAAUUGUUUGUAGCGGCUUAUCAUGGAAAGUUGGAUUGUUUUCUUACCCUUCAUCAUCUCUACAGCAAAAAGUCAUUUCAAGAAACAGAUCAGCAAAAGCAAGGACAAGAAACACAUGAAACACUUUGUAGAAGGGAAGAUGGUAAUACAAUUUUACACACUGCUAUUUCCGGAGAACAUUUCAGAUUGGCUUACCAGAUAAUCAGCCACUACCCAAAGCUGAUCAACUCUGUUAAUGUGGAGGGUGAAUCUCCUCUCCAUGUUCUUGCCAGAAAGCCUAAUGUGUUCAGAAGCAUCACUCAUUUUCGAUUCCCUGACUCUAUUAUCUACCGCU